UGCUUUAACACAGAGCUGUCAUUGGAUAAGAACCCAAGGUGUCUCUUACGUGUGUACUAUUCUCCAAGAUAACAGCAGCGACUAUUUUCCGCAAGAAAAAACCAACAAAGCUACCUCAGUCUUUGACACUCUAACCUGAGCUUCAAGAAAUGACCACCGGCGACGAAAAGACCGAGUCUUUACCGGAAUCCAAGCUACCCGGUAACGAGAACAGUCCACUGCUGCAAAACCCAGAUGAGGAAAUCAACGGCGGGUCGUAUUCCGGCGCGGUGUUCAAUCUGUCGACGACGAUUAUUGGGGCCGGGAUCAUGGCUUUGCCGGCGACGAUGAAGGUGCUGGGCCUCGGCGUCGGGAUUGGCAUGAUCGUGUUGGUUGCAGUUUUGACUGAGGCCGCCGUGGAGAUGUUGCUCAGGUUCAGUAGGGCCGGCAAUGCGGCGUCGUUUGGUGGUGUUAUGGGGGAUGCUUUUGGAAGAGGUGGCAAGGUCGUGUUUCAGCUGUGUAUCUUGGUCAACAAUGUUGGGACUCUCAUUGUUUACAUGAUCAUACUUGGCGAUGUGCUGUCUGGAACUGCUUCGAGUGGAGCUCACCAUACUGGAGUGUUGGAAGGGUGGUUUGGUGAAAACUGGUGGAAUGGGCGUCUUUUCGUUCUGUUUGUUUCAACGAUUUUCGUGUUUGCUCCGUUGGUAUCCCUGAAGCGAAUAGAUUCAUUGAGAUACUCAUCUACUUUAGCAGUUGGGCUGGCAGGCGUUUUUCUAGUCAUUACUGCAGGAAUCACAGCUGUUAAAAUUUCUCAUGGAGAUAUUUCCAUGCCCAGGUUGCUUCCUGUGUUGACUGAUCUUACGUCAGUGUGGAAUCUCUUCACAGUUGUUCCUGUUCUUGUGACGGCCUUCAUCUGCCACUACAAUGUGCAUACGAUCAACAAUGAGCUUAAGAAGUCUAGCAUGAUUCAACCAGUUGUGCGGACAUCAUUAAUAUUGUGCUCUUCUGUCUACAUACUGACCAGCCUUUUCGGGUUCCUCCUAUUUGGGGACUCGACCCUUGAUGAUGUGUUAGCCAACUUUGACACCGACCUUGGCAUCCCUUACAGCUCUUUGCUCAGUGAUAUUGUCCGCAUCAGCUAUGCCCUGCACCUCAUGCUUGUUUUUCCUAUUAUCUUUCAUCCACUGCGAAUCAACUUCGAUGACCUCUUCUUUCCUUCAUCUAGGCCUUUGGAUUUAGAUAACCGUAGGUUUGCAUUAAUCACCUUCGGACUCAUUUCUGUUAUCUUCUUGGGCGCAAACUUCAUUCCAAGCAUCUGGGACGUUUUCCAGUUUACUGGAGCGACUGCCACAGUUUGCAUUGGAUUUAUCUUCCCUGCUGCCAUUGUUCUAAGGGACCGGCAUGGCAUAGCAACAUCAAAGGACAAGACCUUAUCUGUUUUCAUGAUUGGCCUUGCUGUGUUCGCAAAUUUGAUAGCAAUAUACAGUGAUGCCGUGGCCUUGUUCAAAAAGAAUGUCUCCCCUCAAGCGUGAGCUUACAUUGUUCAUUCAAAGGCAUAAAGGACCAAGAGGAUUCUUUUGUUAGAUGAACAAAUUAUGUAAUAUACCGACACUGCAUGGCCAUUUGAAACCCAGAAAAACGCUGGAGUUUCUUUGGAGAUUUAGUGUAGAUGCCGAUGAUAAGUGAGAGAGAAAUCCCUUGUAUUUGAACAUGUUGCCACCGGCAUCUGUAUUAUACUUUUGCAGAUAUAAUGUGAGAAAGUAACCUUUACUGCUA